AUGGAAAAGUUAUUUAUGAAUUACCGUAAACAAAUCUAUGAUUUCUACGUUAGUAAAACUGUAGCUUCUACAGUUUAUAAAACAGCAUUUGUGAAUGGAAGUUUCUUUGUUGUAUUCUCAACCUUGACAAAAGAAGAAGAAGAUGAUGAUGAUGAUGAUGAAGAAUUAGAAGAAGGUGGAGUAGAAGAAGAAGGUGAAGAAGAUGGAGAAGAAGGAGAAGAUGGAGAAGAAGGUGGAGUAGAAAAAGAAGGAGAAGAAGAUGGAGAAGUAGAAGAAGGUGGAGUAGAAGAAGAAGGUGAAGAAGAUGGAGAAGAAGGUGGAGUGGAAAAAGAAGGAGAAGAAGAUGGAGAAGUAGAAGAAGGUGGAGUAGAAGAAGAACGUGAAGAAGAUGGAGAAGAAGGAGAAGAUGGAGAAGAAGGUGGAGUAGAAAAAGAAGGAGAAGAAGAUGGAGAAGUAGAAGAAGGUGGGGUAGAAGAAGAAGGUGAGGAAGAUGUAGAAGAAGGAGAAGAUGGAGAAGAAAAAGAGGAGGAAGAUGGGGAAGAAGAAGAAGAUGGAGAAGAAAAAGAGGAUGGAGAAGAAGAACAAGAUGAAGAAGAAUAAGAAGGCGAAGAAGAAGGAGAUGGAGAAGAAGAAGAGGAAGAAGAUGGAGAAGAAGAACAAGAUGGAGAAGAAGAAGAAGAAGAAGAAGGCGAAGAAGAAGGAGAGGAUGGAGAAGAAGAAGAAGAUGUAGAAGAAGAAGGACAAGAAGGAGGAGAAGACGGAGAAGAAGAAUGUGAACAGUUCCAUUUUUGUUUAUUGUAAUCCAUCUAUAGACUGUAUUAGAGAUAAACUAGAAAUAAAUCAAUAAUAACAAACAGAAAAAAGAAAUACUGUUAUUUCAUCUAUUCAAUAUUUAUGUUUGAAUAAGAUAGUGUUGAAUAACAAUUGAAUACAUGAGUCAAUUGAAACUAAACCACCAUGGUAAAUCUCGAAGUACUGGAGUUCUAGUGAGAAGGAGUAACCAAUAGAGUUUAAGUGAGUCUGUUGCGAGAUAAUAACACGUUGAUGACAAUGGUAGAUGUGUCACUCAAUUUCAUGGAUUGAUUGAAUUUAGACAUUAUUACCUCUAUAUACCGUCCAGCCUAGUGGUCUAGAAGUUAAGUUGUUUGUGCACGGAGCCCAUAGGUCAUGGGUUCGAAUCCCUUUGAUGUGGGAUCGUUGAUGCGCACUGUUGAGUAAAUUGAAGUUAGACCAUCAUGGAAAACCUGGAUGUACAGGAUGGCCGUUUCAUCCUAGUAUGGGACUUCUCAGCAUUGCGUGUCCACGAUUUAACCUCGUGAGAUUCGAACCCAAGACUGACUGGUCUUGCGCGUGAACGCUUAACCACUAGACCAACUGACUCAUGAUCUCAACUAUUAAAAUUACUAUAAAAUCCACAAAUUCCCUUCUGAUAUCAAUCAAUAUAUGUUCAAUAGUGACGGUCUUCAGAAGAUACUUUCUUAAGUUCAAGUGAAAAGCAGUGACCGGUGGAGUUCAGAUGGGUUUGUUUUGAAGUAAUAACUCAAUGAAGACAGUCGUGGACGGUGGCUCAAUUUCGUGGAUUAGUUGAA